GUCGUGUCGGAGCGGAGAAGAAAAAAAACGUCCACAAAGUCAUCCGAACUUUCGCACCGUUCAAACGAGAGAAGACGAAAUUCGGUGUGUUCCAGCAGAGCAAAGUUGCAAAUUUCGAUCGAAGUUUAUCAUUGAAUUGUGUUCGAAAUUCGAGAGAUCACAAAAAAUAUCAAAUCGAUUACGAUACUGGUACGAAUAGUGCACAAUUAAAACGAUGAAGUAGUGAAAAUUUCGGAUCAGUUUUUUUUUCUUGCAUCCAUACAGACAAGGCCAGUGAGCAAACACAAAGAAGAAGAAGAAGAAAUAUCGGAUUUUUUUUCUUAUAAAGAACGGUAUUGGCCUCCUGUUGGUGCUUUUGGUCACCGUUCGAUAUUAUUGUUGUUGCAGCAGAGCAGUGGUUAGUGUAUACAGCAGAAGCAAUCGAACAGCAGGUUUCACGGGGUUGGGAGGGGGAUAUAACGUUAGUGCUGGCGUUGCUGAGGCUGAAGUGUGUGCAUUGUGUUUUGAUACAACAAACAAACCGAGCGAUCAGUGUUCUCUCAUCAGAGACACGACCGUGAAAUUCGUCGGCAUUACUGAAUCAUCGCGAUCGCAAACCGGCAUCGGCUGUCAGUUCAAUCAUGGACACGGCCACCGGAUCCGGGCUGAUGGAGGAGUACGAUCUAAUGAAGCAAUCCAAAUAUCGGGUUUACAUGUCCAACAUUGACAAGACGCUGAAGAACUUUGAAUACUCGAGCGAAUGGGCGGAUCUGAUUUCGGCGCUCGGCAAACUAAACAAAGUCAUCUCGUCCAACUCGCAGUACCAGAUCAUUCCGAGACGGAUCAAAAUCUCGAAACGGCUUGCCCAGUGCAUGCAUCCGGCGUUACCGUCCGGGGUGCACCUGAAGGCCCUCGAAUCGUACGAUGUCAUAUUCAGCAAUAUCGGAGUCGACCGGCUGGCAUCGGAACUGUUUAUCUACAGUGCCGGGCUGUUUCCACUGUUGGGCUAUUCGGCGAUGAACGUGCGGCCUCCGCUGCUCUCAAUCUACGAGCAAUAUUUUGUUCCUUUAGGCGAAAAGUUGCGACCGGCACUGAGUGGAUUCCUCAGCGGAGUGUUUCCCGGUUUGGAAUCGGGUCAGGAUCAUUUCGAGCGAACUAGUUCCUUACUGGAUAAGGUAUGUCAAGCAGUCAAACCGGAAUGCUUCUACACGUGCCUGUGGGAAUGUAUCGUGACGAACGCUUCCGUUCGGCUACCUGCGAUCACCUACGUGUUGGAACAUUUCGACAAAAAACGGUCCUGUGUUGAACAGAAAGAACUGAUGGGCAGCAGUGUCGAGCUGCUGGCCACCGGAUUGUGCAGCUGCCUGAAUGAUUCAGUAAUUCUGGUGCAACGUAACACACUGGAAUUUUUGCUAUUGGCAUUUCCACUUCACGCAAAAAUUCUGUCCAAAAGAGACGUCAUUAAACAGGUGAAAACCGCUCUAAACACAAUUCUCAGGAGAGACAUGUCCCUCAAUCGGCGGCUCUAUUCGUGGCUUUUGGGGGCCGAUACAAGCCUGGGUAAACACCUGGAAGAUAUCGGCCACGACGGAGAAACCUCCGACCCAAAUAGUUACUUUGAAUCCCACUCGAAAGAGGUUCUCAUCAGUGCGUACAAACUCAUCCUAAAGUCCAGCGUUGCGUCCAAUCCGGUCGAUCUGAGCCCGUACAGGAUACUGAUUUCCCUGCUAGAUAAGGCGGAAAUUGGGCAGCGAAUUCUGGAUGACGUCCUGUGCGACAUAAUCCGAACGAUUUCGCUCUGCAACGGGAACUUGGAAGUUCAAAAAUCUGCCAACCUUCUGUUCUCUACGUUCGAUCCGUCCUACAUCUGGAACUAUAUGACGCUCCUGUACCGAGACAGUGCGGUAAAAAAACGUACCGCCGAGAAACGCCAUCCCAGCGGCGAUAGUCUCAGCAGUGCCAAUAUUCGGGAACACAUCAGGAUCGAUUCCGGACCACCGGGAUCAAUCGAAGUUUGCUUCCUGACCGAGUUUCUGCUGGAAACACUAUCACUCGAAAUGUACAACGAAACGACCCGGGUUUAUCUGCCGAAAUUUCUACUGUCGCUAAUACGAAUGCUUACGGUGUACUCGGAAAACAUGAACUCCAACGAGGUGGCAGCGUCUCUGAAGCUAUGCGUCAAGAUUGUCGCUAAGGUGCAACCGAUGAUUAUGUCGGAAAAAGUGCUGGAUCUCUCGAUCAGCACCCGCAGCAACAGCGUAACACCGGAAGGUCAGGAAGCCAAAGAAACGGUAUCGCUGGAGAAGAGCAACUCGGACUCGAAAAUCCACGAAAGUUCCCUGCAGGUAACGGAUAGCUCUUUCGCGCGAUCCAACUCCAGCCAGGGUUUAAACAAGAAGGGUAAAUACAGUAAAAAGUCGAAAAAAUCGAAAUCCUACACCAAACUGAGCGAACUGGAUCCGUCGGUAAGGGGUUCGAACGUGAGUGUGGCGAUGACGAACGGUUCGCCAGCGACGAUUGCCACGGCCAGUUCAACACCGAAUCUGAAAAAUGAGGACGGUGCUACCGCAAGCGGAGAAUCGAGCCAGGAGGAACGACACAGCAUGAGCAGUAUUGGUGAAGAUGGUCAACUGGAUGUGAUGGUGAAGGUUCCUGUGGCGCAGCAGAUGUCGUCGAAACCGUCGGCUCCGGUAACUCCAGCACAACUGCCGGACUGUCCAAUUCUCGAGAAGUGCAUCAAGCAGUACGUGUUGUUCUAUGAACUGUACGUUUGUAGACAAAUUUUCGGUGGAACUUCGUCAUCCACCAGCUCGGGGUCCUCCUCGGAGCAGGUUAGUUUGCAGGAUAAUUUGUUCAUCACUUCCGGCGAUACCAAGAGCUUGCUGAAUGACGAUGUGUUUGUAAUUAACACUUUGCUGUCGGAGUUGGAGGAAACAUUCCGGGUGCUACAGAUCGAUGGAAUGUCGGACAGUAGGAAACUGAAAGCCAUAUUGGCAAAAUCCAUGGAUGUCCAGCGGGAUUGUGAACAGUGGAACGGUAUGGACGUGUCGUCGGAGAGAAAUCACUUUGAAUUGGAACAACUGAUGGAAGGUAAUGACGUCAUAAAGCGACUACUGUCCGUACGGGUAUCGGAAUCGUUGCGGAGUGCGUUGAAACUUGCCUGUAACGUUCUGACUGAGAUGUCUUCAUUUCCAAGCUACGGAAGCGAUUGUGGUUUGAGUGAGAAGUGUAAAGACAUUCCGGGCUGGUUGAAAGCACUCACCAUUCUGACUUCGUUCAUCGGCGAUCUGGAUACUCAGCUGUCGGCAGCUCAGACAUUGAUUGACAUGGUUAGUUUGAUUAGAACAAAUGGUCGUAAGCCGAAAUCGAGUAGCUCCGGUACCACAUUCGUGAUGAUGAUGCCACUGCUGAAGCUUUCGCAUGUGACGUAUCUCGAGAGGAAGACAAAGGUAUUUCAGGUUCUUACGACUAUGCUGUGGAAUCAUCUGAAUGCGGGACGGAUGGAGGCCCGAAACAUCAGCGUUCUGCUGUACCGAAUUCAUAGCUGUUUGGAUACGAAAUUUACGGAGAAUGUGAUAAUCGGUAAAAUGCUUACACCGUCGCGCAGUCAUAACCAACCCGAUCACCGGAGUUUGCACGUCUACUGGUCAAUUCCGACACUGUCGAUCACGGAACUUAAAAUCGAUCCAACCGGUUUCCGACGGUUUCAGUUGCUGUGGAAACUCGGUCGCGAUACUCAUCACGGCAAGGAAUUCGAGAAACUUUUGUUUUUGGUUCUUGACACCCUGUCGUUGCCGGAUAACCUAUCGAUUAAAAUAUUCGUAUCGAAAUGGCUUCAGGAAGCGCUGGUACGGGGCGAUAUGGGACGAAUACUGAAACCACUGCUAAAAAUUUUGCUAAACGAAAGCACCAAACGGAUGAGCAUUGUUUACACUAAACGCUACCGGAAGGAUAACGACACCGGCAGUGAGUGGGAAAAAGAUCUCGUGGCGGACGGAGAUUCGUUUUUGGAUAAGGAAUGUUUUGCUGUCAGCUCCGAAGACGGUUACAUCCGGUACCACAUGGACAAUGUGCUGAGUAAAAAGCGUAGUCCGAUUCGAACGAUUCAGAAGAAAAUUUUCGGUGUCUCGAUCGGAUCGAAAUCGAACAGUUCGCAGGUGUCCAAUUAUAUUACCAGCGAAAGUUCGAAGGAGAUGGCGACGGCGGGUUCGGCCGCUGCUAUUGAUGAAUAUUUGAAAAUGUCAGUAAUAAUCAAUCCGUUGGAGUCGUCCGAGUUGAAUGGGAAAACAUCUCCCGGUAAAGAAAUGCGCAACCGGUCCAAUUCGACGGGACUGAUUGAGUGUUGUGAGCAAAGCGUUGGACUGGAAUCCGGUUCACUGCCGAACGGAGUGGAGAGGAAAGAGUUUCACCGUUCUACCUCGGACAUCGACGAAGCCAGUGAUGGUGAUUUCGAAAGGAAGAAGGGACGGCUGAGUGGCGGAAGCUACAGUAGGUCAACGACGGCUACCGGGUUCUACGAUACGGAAACCAUCAAACGGUACAUCGAAGAUGGUCCGAUCGUUGACUUUGUGAGUAAAUCGGGUGAUCGAUUUAAAAAUCGUAAAACCUAUCUGAUAUCGUCUAGUGCGGCCGGCUUGGCGGCGGAUGAUGACGGUUUCGUGUCGUCUGUUUCGGAUCGAAAUCUAAACUAUUCCUUCAUAUCGAACUCAUCGUCUGCCACGGUGACCGGCGGAAAUGACACCGGAAUCGUGUUCGAAUUAGGUUCGGAUGAAGCCGGAGGUACGUCGGAAACGACGGCCAGUGGAAGUGCGUUCGGCGGUGGAUCUCAGCGAAGUAGCAGUACCAGCAAAGACAGUGGUAAAAGCAAAGAAAAUGAUCCGGCCAGUUUGGGACGGCGUAAAAGUUGGCGACAGUCAUCGAAGCUACACCCAUUUCAGUCUCAUUUUCUUAUCUACGAGUCAAUAUUCAACACCAAACAAAUUCUGUACACGUUGGAAACGUUAAAGAACAUAUUGGCCAACGACAGUCGAUUUUUCCUGUGCCUCUCGGUGACCACUUCGGUUUCCAGUAGCCAAAUGCGAUCGUUGCUGAUUCGGCAUCGAAGAAACAUUUUCGGUAAGGGUUUUAGCGAUGGUCACGAUGAAGCGGAAUACCAAAGUCUGUACAGAGGCUGUAUGUAUCUGGAGGUGAUCGUGACGAUUCUGCUUUACUACACUCGAAGUUUCUAUCAGAAAGACGAGGAACAGAAGGUGCGACCAUCGAACGAUGACAUCAACGGCAAUGCCAAAAUUCAGCUCGAAUGUAUAAAACUGAUGAGAAAAAUCUUCACCGAGCUGCUGUUCACUGUGAAAGAUGUCGGUAAAAACCUGGCCAACUACAUCGCCGAUCUGAUGGAGAAAUGUAAGGUUCAGAAAAUCCUACUGUACUGUAUGACCUCAUCGGUCAACUACUUCACGACUCCGCAGUCCUACACCUACACGGACGAGAUUCUGGCCAACAAUGAUCCGGAAAAUACUCGCCUCAAUGCGGAAGCAUACCAAAUCGAACUGUUGAAUCUGUUGCUUGCCGUCAUAAAACUGGAACACGAAAUCAUGGUGCAACGGAACGACGAACGGUUCAUCGAAGGCAUCAAGUAUGUACUGUCCAGCAAUUCUCCGACUCGACCGGCUCCGGAAAACAAACGCGUCUACAAGUACAUUCCAAAUCAACUGGUUAGUCAGCAGCCAAUGUUCCUAUCGGCGGUACUGUCCGCGUUGCAAUCGGAGAAACUAAAAUACAUACACAAAAACUGGACCGAUAUGGUAACGUCCUGUCUGACCUGUCUGCCGCUGAACAAUCUGACCAACAUCGUUAUCAGCAUCAUUCACCAACUGUGCGACAAUCUGGAUCGAAUAACGAAACGAGACCGAAUCUACAACCAGUGCACGGAUUACAUCGUUGCCCAGCUGGAGGCCAUCACAGUAUUAUCGCACUACUGUCUGCUGGACAGCUCGCAGCAAAUUUCCUUAGCAAACGUGUUUUGUGCUUCGAGCAGCACCACGUCGUCGGUGACGAACUCCGGACAGAUAAUUAACAGCAUUGUAAAUGUGCUGCUGUCCUCGUCGCUUCUAAGCGGAAAUCAAGUCAAAAACAGUCACCAGGAAGUAGCGAAAACAGCGAUUCUCAGUCACCUGCCCCGGAUAAUCAUCACCAUUGCAACACUCUGGGAAACCAGCAUUAGUGAAUUCCGUCACGUCAAACACCAGCUGCUGGAAUUUCUCAGUCCAAUCUCGCUGCACUACGGUACCAAUUUCCUUACCGCAAUUUCGGUUGCAUGGUAUGAAAGAUGUAGCGACACCAUCACCGCAUCUAGCAGCGUUCCUGCGAACUCGGAAGGCACUGCCACUGCUGACGUAAAUAGUGAAGGUGAUUUCUUCCACAUUAUGGCCAAGGCUCUUCCGCAAGCUUGCGACAAUCAACUGCUACUGGUGAAACUCAUCUCCGGAAUUCGGAUAAUGUCGGUUGAUUCAUUCAUUCAAACCAUGCAUCAGGUGAUCAAAUCACCACCGCAAAUCUACCAACCCCCGGUCGGGUUAAAUCUUGCCGUCAGCGCACUGGAGUUGCUCUUUUUCUAUCUGAAAUCUGUGGCCCAAACGCAGUUCAACGACUGCUGGAGUUCUCUGUAUGCGCUGCUGAAAGACUGUCUGAAUCUGCAAAUUCCGGCACAGUUCGUGGCACUAUCGAUUUUGAACGAAUUCGUCCAACGAUGCCCGAAUAUCCCAUUCAGCGAUAAGAAGGACCUACGCGAUCUGCACGACGUUACCUCGCGACUGGUGGAAGCCAUUUCCAAUGUGGCCGGGUCGUGUCUGGAGCAGACGACCUGGCUACGGCGAAACCUCUCGGUCAAGGAGGAGUUCAGUUCGAUCGAGAGCACCAAGGACGGACUGCUGAUGCCAUCCAAUCAGCACUACUCCAUACAGGCGCAAUCGAUUCUUGCAGUUAUUCUUGCCCCACUGCUGGACGUUGCUUUCAGUUCGCAGGAGAAGGACAAAGUGAACACGAUCGUAACCGGGGUCAUGUACAACAUUGUGCCUUAUCUGAAGACCCACACCGCGAAGAACAUUCCGACGUUCCAUGCGUGCUCCAACUUGCUGGCGAGUUUGAGUACUUAUCAGUACACUCGGAAAGCGUGGCGAAAGGACGCUCUCGAUUUGCUGCUAGAUGGGACCUUCUUUCAAUUCGACAGCCGUUGUUUGCCGUACUGGAAAACUAUCCUCGAUAGUUUGAUGACCUGUGAUAAUACCACUUUUAGGGAUCUUAUGAAUCGCUUGCCACUAGCACAAACUGGAACUUUAAACAUAUUCACCUCCAAGGAACAAGAGUACGAACAGCGAGCGCUGCUGCUGAAACGAUUAGCCUUCGUCAUUUUUUGCAGCGAGUCUGAUCAGUAUCAUAAAUAUAUGCCAGAAAUUCAAGAACAACUUGCCAACAGCCUUCGACUGCCCCAGGUUGUGCCGUUGAUCCAGUCGGCUGUGUUUCUAUGCUUCCGCGUGUUGUUGCUUCGUAUGUCCGCGGAUAACGUGACCAGCUUGUGGCCAAUUAUUAUUGCCGAAAUGGUGCAAGUGUUCCUGUCCAUCGAACAGGAACUGAUGACCGACACCGAAGAAUUCAGAUCGCAAUCGAGCCAACACAUCCGGAUGCUAUCGGGACUGGACACUGCUUGGGUGACCAACACAAACAAUGGCCUGUACUCGUACGGACAUCCCCACUGGCGAAUGGUUCAGCUCGAAACGGCAAAACUGUUGGAGCUGGGCUGUGUACUGCCGGCAACCGUUCUACCGCACUUUCAGAUGUACCGUUGGGCAUUUGUGAGCAGUCAAAGUGAAAUCUUUCUGAAACCGGGAGGUUUGGAUGAUUCGAAGAACGUUGCUUUCAUUCCCCAUGUCACCCGGAUAUCGCAGCUGAUGGACUUCCGGUAUACAUCUCACUCACCGAAACCUCAGACGACCAAGGGAAGUCACAUCAUGCUGACCUGUCAGUCUAUCAACACCCUGCAGGAUUUGUACAGUUUCUUCUCGACCCUGUCGAUGCGGUGGCCUUCGCACAUUUCCUACACGGCCGACACCGAGAAGGACACCAAGACCUGUCUGGAGGAAAUCGAAAAAGUGUUGGCGUUGGAUUUUCUCGAGAAGAUGCCCUCGACCAAGUAGGGGUCAUUUUUAUGACCUUUCGCGGAACAGUAGCAACGGGCUGCAGAAGGCCAGGCCGUAGUGCAACUCUAACUAACCUACGUGUAAAUAUUAGAUGUACUCAUUUUUUGUUUUUAGUAAUCGGAUAUUUAAUUCAUUCGGCUUGUGAUUACUGUUAGUAUCUGUUUAUCUGGCUUUUUUCGAUGCCGCUUCAAUUGUGUACAGAAAGAAUACAAUGUAAUAACUAUUUAUUCGAAAUUAGAUUAGGGCAGCAGUGUUAGAUGAUGGUGAUCAUAAUAAAAUUUAUUGUGACAUGAAAAAAAAAAACAAACAGUUCUCUUCCAAAGUGAAACGACAAAAAGUGAUAGGAUUCAAAUCGGAAUGAAGCACACAGCGUACACAGACAACAACAACACAUGAACAUGAACAACGGCGGAGCGCUUGGUUCGCGUCUGCUGCUUAUUUUACCGUUACAGGUGCUUUUUUCGAGUCUAAUCGAACGCGUUAUACGAUAUAAAACAAAAAAAAAACAGCAAUAGUACAUGUUUAUUAUUUAAAACUAAACGAAGAAUCUAGUGAAUGUGAACUAAGUUUAAAUUUUUAAUUACCUAAUAAAAAAGUUA